UAGUGCGUGGGGUUGAGUUUUCCACACGGACGCUCUUUGCUCAAGCUCCAUUUCCAUGCAUUCGGUGCUCUAGGCAAAUCGUCUCAUCGGGUUGCGAAAGUGCCGGGAUCGGUGUGUGAGCGCGAGAGAGAAGGGAGAGAGCGAGAGAUUCUUCGGCCAUGGGGGGCGAGACGAUGUUGCGGACCCUGCUCUACACAGUCAACUCCCUGCUGCAGCAGCGUAGAUACCAGGCGGCGUUGGCCGUCGUCAAGGGCUUCCGUAACGGAGCAGUGUAUGGAGCAAAAAUACGUGCCCCCCAUGCUUUAGUGAUGACAUUUCUCUUCAGGAGUGGAAGUUUAAGGGAGAAAUUGAAAGCAAUUGUUCGUGCCACUUACACUCAUUCCAGAAACCUGGCAUACUUUGUAUUCACAUACAAGGGCCUGUUGGCCCUACAGUCGCGAAUGCAAGGAAAGAAGAUCCCAUUUCACUCUUUCCUCGCAGCCUGCAUUGGGGGCUGGUUGGUGUUUGGAGAAAAUAACAAUAUUAACAGCCAGAUAAACAUGUACCUAUUGUCUCGUAUCCUGUUUGGCUUGUCCCGACUGGCAGUGGAGAAAGGUUACAUCCCAGAGCCAAAACAAGAUCCCUUUCCACUCUUUGCUGCUCUGGUUUGGGGGAUUGUUCUCUGGCUCUUUGAGUACCACCGACACACUCUACAGCCAUCAUUGCAAUCAUCCAUGACCUACCUGUAUGAUGACAGUAAUGUCUGGCAUGAUGUUUCUGACUUUCUUGUCUAUAACAAAAGACCUGCUACCAAUCAGUCUUGAAAGAUCUUUUAGUAAUGGCACAUUCCAACAGCAGGGCUUUUAUGCUUUUAUUUGAACACACUUCACUGAAAAUCAUUAUCAUUGGAUGUUGAUCUCUACAUGGGUCUGGCCACGUUGUUCUGUGUAGGCUUCUGGUUUCUCUGGUUAGAGCUUGAAAAGGCCAUAUUUCAAGCAAACCAUUUUGUAAUCUUUUUGUAAGUUCCUCUUGUCUGUAAGAGGCCCAGUUUCCUUUUCAGCUGGAACAAAAUGCACUAUAAAUGCACUGAUCUUAAAACUUGAGAAAAUACGGUGAAAAUAUUUUCUUUAAUACUGAAAUACCAGGUGCCAUAGGUAACUUUCUGCCUACAUAUAUGCAAUACAUCCUUCGCUGCUUCCUCAGUUAGCCAUAGAAGAAAUAGGUUCAUUCUCAUCAUAGUAAAUACUACAUGAAGUUCAAGUUUAGAAUCUUUGUCUGGGAAACUUUACUUCCUAUAUGCAUGUUUGUUUGUUUAUUCAUCUUUCUUACAUUAACCACCUAUAACAACAUAAAACCAUUAAAAUUGCAUUUAGAAAAAGAUGACUAAAAAGCAGGGGGGUGGAGUUGAGCAACUAAGAGAGGCUUUACUGCAGGCACGGGAUGUACUCUGCAGUGCAAUGGGCCUAUUUCAAAAUUUCAUCAUCAAUGACUUAGAUAAAUGCCAAGAUUUAUUCAAAGAGUUGUGGUUCAUUCCUCUAGACUUACAGUCUAGAGAAAGCUAUGAAACAAAAGAAAAAAUGGAGUAGAUGGAUUGGUGAAAGGGUAGAUACAGUGGCAGAUGAGUGAUUUGCUUCUAUUUUGACGUCUUCACUGUUAGUCGUAUAAAUACCUGAAUAGUUUUCUUUGUCCCUAACCUCUUCUAGUUGGAACAGAGGAUGCAACUAAACACGUCUACAACUGUUGUUGCAGUUGGCAAAAUGUGGUAACUCUAUGUAAAUAGUCCUUUGAUUAAAAUGUAUCUGAUCAAGCAUCUGCUGUCAUAGAAGCAAAGAUGCCAAUGGAUUGUUGAGGGUGUUGCUUUUAUGACACUGCCUUAUCAGAAAAUGUUAAAUAUAAGGUAAGCCAAUGAUUAUAGCACAAUUAUAGGAAAGUGACAUAAAGUCUUGCAGCCUAAUCCCCUGGGCUUGCAGUGGCAGCUCUUUUUGUGCUAGUUUUGCACAGGAUGGGGAGAAAAGCACUUGAGUUAUGAAUUAAAUAUACAUAGGCAAUGGGGAAAUGCUGGGUAAAGAACACAGUGAAUGUUUUGUUUUUUCACUUGGGGUAUUGUCAUUGAUUUUUUUUAUUUAUCAUUGUUUGGUAAUUCACUUGUGGUGGUUUAUUAUUUAGCCCUGUCAGUUGGAGAAGUGUAUUUUAAAGAAAAACUUAUAGGGCCACAACACUGGUGUGUGCUUCUUGUUCUUUUGUCACAUCUUUCAGUGGUUUGCUUGUUUGGUACCAAUGUAUCAGCUUGUUUCCGUGAGCAUCUGUCUUGAUCUGGUGUGUGAGCUGCCACCUUCUGUUCUCCUGAAUCUUUAAUACCAUAUGUAAAAGCUCCUGCAAACACCCCCCUCAAAUUCCCCAUCCCAUCAAGUCAGAUAUAUGAAAGAACAAACCCACCAAACACCUUCAGAACAUUAUUGAUAUUUUAAGCAGUAACAAUGUUUUGAGCUAUUCCAGUCUCUCCCCAACAUUUGGUUGCUUAGAUGCAAAGGCACAAUCUUCUAACACACACACUCCCCCCCCAAAAAAACCAACAGACAGUACAGUAGCUGUUGCAAACUAGAGUGUCAGCAUAAUCGUAACAGUGCCUGCAGUAUAUUUCCUUAAUUUACAUAUAACUUCUGCUGCCCUCCUGUCCCCAGAACGCUAAUACUAAGCUCUUCUAGCAAACUGUCUGAGUCUCUUAUCUGUCUGCAGUUCAGAGCACAAAACUGCCAUAAAACACAUCAAACUGUGGUCCCACCACAGCAGCACCCUUUACAUAUCUGUCCGUGGCAAUUAACUGUGCUUUUUAAAGAUUGCUCUCCUGCUGUGUAAGGAUAGAAUGCUAUGCUACAAAGUCAGUCAAUUUCCCAGGGAGGUAGCUGGAAUAAUUUUAAGCAGCAUUUAACAUCCACCACUGUUCCUAUAGCUCGAUUGGUGAGGUCGAAUCCCUUCUGCCACUAAUGUGAUUGAACAAUGCCAGUGUGUGCUAGGGAAGUGAACUAGAAGUAAUGGGUCUGUCUGAAGACUCUUGGAUACAUAGGUUCCAUUCCUCACCCUUCCAGAUUGUAUUGUUUGGCAAGCUAAGUGUUCUGUUUGGUUUUCAUGCUAAUAAGAAAGAAACACAAACAGGAAUAAGGAGACGGUUUGAAAAUCCACCUCCCAAGCAGCCCGUCACAUCAAAAUUAAGCAACUCCCAACCAUCCCCACUCUGAAGAUCAAAACAGACAUGCAUAUGUGUUUACAACAGCUCAAUUGUAGCUUCUUAAUCAAGGCUCAGCUCUUUUGUAUUUUGUUCAAGAGGAGAUCUUGGUUCCCAAUGCUGGGGAAAUGUCUAUCCCUAAUCUGAUUUGCCAUAACUAUUGUGCAUGAAUAACACUGCUUCCACGGUGUAAUGAAAUAGUGCAAGGAACAUCUACAAAUGCCAUGCAGACUACUUAAUUAUUUCAAGGAGUGGAGGGAAAUUGAAAUAAGUAAAUAGCUGCGCCAGUCUAAAAGUUUAGGGAAAUAUAAUGUUGAGCUCAAAUUACAAAAAAGAAAAGUUAAAAACCCCAUGUAUUUAUGGUCCUGUAUUUAUUCUUAAUUCAAGUCCUCUAAAAACCUGGAACUACAAUAAGGUAUUGUUUCUCCUCCAUUAAUAACACUGCUGACUUGUUUCAUAAAAUUUAUUUACAAUAGGCUUCCUAACAUAUAUUUGGAGGUCUUGAUUUGUAGACAUCUGCAACAGAUAUUUACAACAACAAAUUAAAUAGAACCAGUGACUCCUUGACAAUGCCAAGAGCCUGUUUUGUUGUUUAAUUUGUUUACUAUUUUUAGUGCAUACUGCUGUGAUUUCCUUAGGCAGGAUUAGUAGGAAAUAAGUGCCUUUUUGUGAAAUACAUAUACAUACAUUCAUGUGGGUGAAUGUGCUUCCCCACACCUUACUGCUGUUUUCUGAAUCAUUUAGAUUGGUAAACAGCAAGAGCCACUUCACACCUGGAAUUUUGUCAGAGGGAAAUGUAUGCCAACAUUUACUGUUGCAUUUAGUUUGCCAGUUCGAAUGACCCCUCUCUGUUCUGUGGUUUCUCCUGACACCCCCAGAACCAAUUUCGGGGGGGCAUGUCAGGAGUGGGGGAAUCCCAUUGCGCAAGCAAAAUCAUUGUGCAGAUUUCUAUUGACAGGGCUCCUUAGGUGAAUCUUGUCCUAGCUCUCUUCAUCUACACUCAUGUAGGUGUUGUGUUUGAUAGGAAUGCUUGUGGCGCUGUGGUCUAAACCACCAAGUGUCCUGGGCUUGCCAAUCGUAAGGUCAGCAGUUCAAAUUCGCACGAUGGGGUGAGCUCCCAUUGCUCUGUCCCAGCUCCUGCCAACCUAGCAGUUCGAAAGCAUAACAGUGUGAGUAGAUAAAUCGGUACCGCUGUGGCGGGAAGGUAAAUGACGUUUCUGUGCACUCUAUCACAGUGUUUUGUUGCACUAGAAGUGGUUUAGUCAUGCUGGCCACAUGACCCGCAAAGCUGUCCGUGGACAAAUGCUGAAAGCCUCUCACCCUGAAAGCAGAGAUAAGUGCCACACCCCACAGUCAAAUUUGACUGGACUUAACCGUCCAGAGGUCCUUUACCUUUUACCUGUGUUUGAUAUGACAUGCUGCGUAAAAACUAGAUCGUUUGACUACAUAACUGCAGGCUUUGCUUUUCAAGAAUGUGGUGGUGACUAAUUGCACAUUUCUACUUUUGCCUUGUAAAAAUAUUAUUUGUUGUAACUACCUUUACCUGGCACAGACUAUCUUCCUAUCCGUGGUGCUACAUACUACAUUAAUUCUCUUCCUGCCUUCUGGUAAAGCAGCCUGAUGCUGUUCUCUGUGUUAAGUUUUUAACAGCAAAAGUAAGAUCAGAAGACAUCCAGAGAGGAUGAAUUCCAACUACACUUCUUUCUAUGAAGCCAAAACUGCUGAAAACCUUAAGAAUCAUUCCACAUACAAGUGAUUCUUCCUGGCAAGUUAUGCCAUCCUCACAGCCAGUAGUUCUCAUACAAGCAACAUAUGAAAAUGGGCAUGGCAUUCAGUUUGGCUUGCUGGGUUCAUAAAUCAUACAGAAAGUCUUAAAUCCUAUUAUUUGGAAAUGUGUGGGUUCUGACCAGGGAUUUUUUUACAACUGGAACUCACCAGAACUCAGGUCAGGCACCUCUCAUGUGGGUGCCAUUGCCAUUAUAAGAGAACAAAGGAGAUGAAAUAAAAAAAAUUCCUUCAGUAGCACCUUAAAGACCAACUAAGUUUAUAUUUUGGUAUGAGCUUUCGUGUGCAUGCACACUUCUUCAGAUACACCCAAAAGCUCAUACCAAAAUAUAAACUUAGUUGGUCUUUAAGGUGCUACUGAAGGAAUUUUUUUAUUUUGCUUCGACUCAGACCAACACGGCUACCUACCUGUAACAAAG